CCACCGGGUCCCCCAUCGAUGGCCGGAACCAGGUAUAUAUAGACCCUGCCUCACCACACCAGCCUACGCUUCAUUCCCACCCAAAGCAACCACUGAUCCCUCGCUUUCUCUCUCUCUCGCUCACCUGCUCCACUUUUCGUCUCCGAUCCCUCGCGAUCCACACAUAACUAGCUAGUUUGACUAUCUAGCUUGUAGGUGCAGUGUAGGUCAGGCAUGUCGAGCCCGACGACGACGGAGCAGCAGCGUGUCAGCUUCAUCGUCGACGGAGAGGAGCAUGAGCAGCAGCAGAAGCAUGACGACCUUGUUAGCCGCGCCGCCGUGGUGGCGAGGGAGGUGAGCAAGCGGGUGUCUCGCCUGGCCGUCGAGGGAGGAGAAGGCGACGCCGACCGCAAGGCCAACUUCGACGCCGGGGUGGCGGCAGCGCGGCGCUCGUUCGGUGGCACGCGGACGCUGCCGCCGCCGCACGCGUGGCUGGCGAUCGAGGACACGAGGAGGAGGCAGAAGCAACAGCAGCAGCCGGAGGAGCACGGCGACAGCGACGACCCGGAGGCGGAGCAGUGGGCGCGUCUCUUCCGGGGCGGCGGGAUGCAGCAGCAGCAGCAGCAAAGGCGGAGCAGCUUCAGCGUGGUGCGGCGCGAGCGCGCGGCGCGGGAGGCGUGGCUGGACCACGCGUGGGAGGCGAAGCGGAGCUGGCACCAGCGCAACGGCGGCGCCCCCGACGCGGACACCCCCGUGGUGGUGGUGGUCGGCACGUCGCCGAGGUCGUCGUCAUCGUCCCACUCCCAGCAUCAGCAGGCCGGUGGCGGGGUGGCCAUGGACGUGGAGGAGGUCCGCGCGUGCCGGGACCUCGGGCUGGAGCUGCCCUCCGACUGCACCGUGGAGAUCCAGUGCUACGGGCUGUCCGGAGGCGCCGGCAGCCCCGGCAGCGGCCCCGACUCACCGUGCGACGGCGCCGACUCCUGCCCUGAUGCAGCAGGAGGAGGAGCGGAUCCGAUGGACGUGAAGGCUCGGCUCAAGGUGUGGGCGCAGGCGGUGGCGCUUGCAUCCACCACCACCCAUCUCGCCUCAUGACUCCAUAUACCGCCGCAACCUCCAGCUCGGCCGGGACAGCACUGCACUCAAACGAAUCGAAGCAAAGUAGCCGAGAAAACAGGAGUGUCGUCUCUAGCUAUAACGAAUCAAAUGUAGACUCCCAUUUUAUAUCCAUAUACACUACUAAGUACUUACUCUUCGAUUUCGAAUAAUGUAAACCCCUAGUGUGAGAGAUAUCUAAGCGUCUGUAGCUUGUGUGUGCAAGGAAUUGUAUCAAUGUGAGGUUGCCUUUUUAACAAAGCUAUAUAUAGAGAUAGGACUGGGCGUUCGGUUCUUCGGUUCAGUUCAGUUCGGUUCCUCGGUU